AUGGAGAUGAACAGAAGGAGAUCAAGAGGGUUCAUGAUAUCUAAGCUAAUGCCCUUUUGCAAAGCUGUGAAGCCUCCAAAUCCUUCCAAAGACCUUUAUAAUAAUGUUCAUUACAUUUCCUCCACCACAACUUCCUACGCUCCUCAAUCUGAUUUCAAUAACUACUCAACUCCUCUCCCUCCUAAAGUUUCCUUCCUCCUUCGACCAUCCGUGGCUCCUGAGGGUAAGCAUAUGGAGAAGAAGCUGAACAAGAUGGCAGAGAAGCUGUACUUUGAUAAAGGGAUCAGUGGUGUGGAUGAGAGCGUUGACGCCAGAGCCGCUUCUUAUAUCUCUUCGGUUCGAGAAAGGUUUAAGCUGGACCCUUCCGAGAGAGUGACGACUGUUAUUAGCUUAGAUGAAGACAUUGACUAA